UAAAAUAUAACCAAUCAAGAUGUUGGGCCAUCUGUAUAUACAAAAGAACACCAAGGAGUGUGUGCCUGUUUGUUCAGUAUGAUGGUGUUGACUCUCUCCAGUGGACUAGGGAUUAAUGCCACACAGCAAGGACUCUCCUUCUCCCUCAGCGGUCCAUCGAAAGAGUAGUUAAGGCCUCGAGCGAUUUAACUGAGCAGGUUAUAAUCCAGAAAGAGUCUAUUUCCUCAGAAAAGCCACAGAAAUUCCAGAGCAGAUUAACUAACAAGGCAUAGCAAAAGCAUUGUUUCUUUUCCUGGUUAGAUUUUUUGGCUGUUAAAGGGAACUUUUUGAAUAUAAUGUAACAUAUUGAAGUGAAUGGUCUGAAUGGACUCUAUGGAAUCUUGGUCUCUCUCUGAAAAUAACUCUUGCUGUGAAAGCUGUGUUUGUUCACAGUAGGAUGCCUGCUAAAAUCUGGACUUUUCUUCAACAAAGACAAGGCUGAUGCAUAACGGAAUCUAUUUAACAGCUUUUGUGACUCAAGUGAAGUAUUUGAUAUAUUUUGAAGUCAAACCUUUUAGAUGUACUUUGUCCAUAUGUUCUAUAAUGGGAAUGAACAGGUAUGUUUACAUCUCUGCAUCCAUUGGACAUUCUUGUCUGAGUUAUUAUUUUUGCACAUAAUCUGAUUAUGAAAGAAUAACAGUAAACAUCACAAUGAAAAUGAUUGCAAGUAUUGCUAUACUUCUUGCCAUUAAUGUGCUUCUGUACGUCUUUCACAGGUAGGCUACAAGUCUCAUCAAGUGUAGUACAAUAUUUUAAAAACUUUUUUAGCUUGAGUGUUUGAGGAGUGUUUUUACUCGUUGGUAUUUUUAGACGUGUUACAAAAGAAGUUGAAGAGGAGAAUCACAUUUCUUGCUACAGCAACUUCUCUUCUCAAGCAAACCCCACUUCUAGUUGUGUCACACAGCUAUGGCCUUUGGUGACCUCCUAGAACAGGUGGGCAGCACAGGCCGCUUCCAGGUCCUGCAUGUCACCUUGCUCUGUAUGCCCAUCCUUAUGAUGGCCAGUCACAAUCUGCUGCAGAACUUUGUGGCCUCAGUGCCCCCCCACCACUGCAGUGCCCACAGGAACCUGUCCGUGUCUAAGCUGAGCCCGGAGCAGGCUCUGCUGCUCACCGUGCCCCAGGACAUUAAGAACGGCAGGCCGGAGAGAUGCCAGCGCUAUGCUGCUCCCCAGUGGCAGCUCCUGGCAGAGAAUGGGACCUACAGUCCAAAGGUGGAGAGAGACAGCAGUGAUGAUACUGAUUACCUUCUAGAUGCAGAGCUGCAGGGCUGUAACGAUGGAUGGGAGUACAGCAUGACAGAGAUGAGCUCCACAAUUAUCUCUGAGGUAACAAUCAUGGAUAAGGUUUAAGUAGUAGUUUUACGUGCGUCCACACUAAAAUUAGAAAGAGAUCAACGACAAUAAUAAUUGUAAAUGUGUUUAAGAGUAUGUUUUAAACUGUCAGUUAGAUGUAUUUUCUUUUUUUCUCUUGUCAGUGGAACUUGGUCUGUGAUCUUCGUUCGUUGAAGCAGAUGGGACAAACCAUUUAUAUGGGAGGGGUGCUUGUGGGAGCUGUAAUCUUUGGGGGACUGUCGGACAGGUACCACUGCUUUUCUUAUUGAAUAGAUCCUCAGAUCUCGAUUGUCAGAUAAUUUCUGUCUUUCUGUGCCAGUUCUAAGGCCUGGUUUCUCUCUUUGAUAUUUUUGUUGGCUUAUCUCAGACAAGAUACCUCUUCUGCAAAGACAAGCCUGGAAAAUACUGGAAGUCUGCAGCUGCAGCAGUUAUUCAGAUGCUACACAUGGUACUCUUCAGGAGAUUAAUGGCAGACAUCUCCUCUGUGCCACUCUCUCUCUCCGUUCUGUCUCAGAUUUGGACGGCGUUUCCUGCUGCUGAUCUCUAACCUGUUGAUUGCAGUGGGAGGGACGUGUGCUGCCUUCUCCACCUCAUUCUCCGUCUUCUGCCUCUUCCGCUUCAUCACUGGCAUGGCCAUUUCUGGCCUGGGGCUCAACUCCUUCUCUCUCAGUACGUUACAGGAAGGGCUGGGUAGGCAGUGGGAACUGCAGCCUAAGGUGGGAAAUGGUCAAGAAGAGAGAGGCUGAACCGAUGGCCAACCCACCAUGUAAUUACUCUCUCCGUCUCUCUUUCUCUCUCUAGUUGUGGAGUGGAUUCCCACAAGAGUGCGAACAGUGGUGGGUACAGGGACAGGCUACUGUUACACAAUGGGUCAGCUGAUCCUGGCAGUAGUGGCCUACUUCAUUCGGGACUGGCGCUGGCUAACACUGGCUGUCUCCGUACCUUUCUACAUCACCUUCCUCUACUCAUGGUGAGACCCAAAGGAUUGGAGCAGCUAUGACACUUUACCCAGCAAGGCUAUUUGAUUAUAACAUGUUGUUUACCACAUCUGACUUGUGCAGGUGGUUCCUGGAGUCUGCAAGAUGGCUCGUCCUGAACAGAAAAUCUGAGCAAGCGGUCAAAAAUCUCAAAAGAGUGGCCCGAAUCAAUGGACGCCGUGAAGAGGGUGACAGAAUCAAUCUUGAAGUAAGGAACUGUGUGUUAGUGUGUGUUUAUGUGUGCAUGCACUUAUGUGAAUGUACUCAAUACUGUCUCUGUGUGUCCAGAUGCUGCAGGAUUCCAUGAAGAAGGAGAUGUCCUGCUCACAGGGCUCCUACUCUGUAGUGGACCUGCUCCGCACGCCCACCAUGAGGAACAUCACCAUCUGUCUCAGUGCUGUCUGGUCUGUCUCCUCUACUCUACUCUGCCUUUCACUACGACAAAGUGCUGCCCAAAAAUCCAUUCUAAAUCAAAUGAUCAUGACACCCACUUUGACAUUCUUUAAGGUUCUCCACAAGCUUCGCCUACUAUGGUCUAUCUAUGGAUCUGCAGAAGUUUGGCGUGGACAUCUACUUGAUUCAAGUGAUCUUCGGAGCGGUGGACAUCCCUGCCAAAGUAGUGGUUACAGUGUCCAUGAGUAUAUUUGGGCGACGUCCCUCACAGUGCGCUGCACUCAUCCUGUCUGGAGUCACUGUUUUGAUCAACAUAUUGGUGCCAUACGGUGAGGGGUUUUGCCUGUGUUGCUUGAGGGAGUCAUUGUGCUACCAGCACUCGUGUAAUUUCAUUGUUGUCUGUUGAUGUUAUCGCUUCCUUGCAGAAAAACAGACCGUGCGCACCACUCUAGCCGUGCUGGGUAAGGGUUGCCUGGCCGCGUCAUUCAACUGCUGCUACCUCUACUCUGGAGAGCUGUACCCCACCGUCGUCCGGUAAUCCCAACUCUACCAAUGACACCCAUCACCUACAGGAUGCUUUAAUUGACUAUAGUAUUCCAAUACUGACUGUAAAACGUAUGUUUUUUAUCUAAUCUUUUUACCUACUGUAUAUAUUAGCAUUAGGUAAUAUAUGUGAUGAAGAUGAAUGCAUAGGCUAAAUGUAUUCUGUUCAGGUGUUUGAUGAUAUUUGAUAGUUGGGGAUUCUCUUCUGUGCCCCAGGCAGAAUGGCAUGGGCUGGGUGUCCAUGAUGGCUCGUGUAGGAGCGAUGGUGGCCCCCAUGGUGCUGCUCCUUGGGGAGGCUGUCCCGUGGCUGCCUGGCUUCAUCUAUGGGAUAGCCCCCAUCUUAAGUGGGGUGGUCGCCAUCUAUCUGCCAGAAACACUUGGUUCACCACUACCCGACACUAUCCAGGAUGUGGAUGAGAGGUAAGUCGAGACACCGUCUGAAGAGCAGUAGAAUAUUGAACGCUGAGCUAGAAGUAGCAAAGUGAGAACAACUCCCAACUGCAAACUAGCUUUAUUUUCUUUCAUUCAGAAGUUGCAAGAAAACAAGCCCCAAUGCCUUGCCCAAGAAGGAGGAACUGGCCAUGAAUGAUACCAAUAAUACCUUGUACAAGGAAGCUGCCUGAAGAAUCACACUUAUCAAAUGCUACUGAACUUGCCUGUAUAGUCUAAAUAGAUACUGCAGUUGCUUGCGCUACAGUUUUUUCACAAGGACUGUAAGGUAGCAAUCAAUAUUGUAACUGGUCCACUGCUGUAGGAGAAAAUGACCAUGAUUUGUUUUGAUAUGUAAGCGGACCAAUAUGGCAAAUAGCAUCAAAUAGUCAGACAAGGCUAUCCAUGUUUGGAUACACUGGCCUUUUCGGACAUUAGAAGACUGAUGAAUUAUGAGCUACGUAGCCUAAUGAAAUUACCUGUAGUGGUCUUUUUAACAUUUAAUAUUUCAACAGUAAAACAUUAAUUAAUGCUAGAUUGUGAGUAAAUAAAUAUAUGCUUCAGUAUAUUGUGUAUUUUAACUACAACUUUAUUUGCAUUUUUCUAUGGGCCAGGCCUAUAUUUUUAUGUUCUAUACUAGUAUAUGUUGUAUGUAUUCAUUAAAAUAAUGACAACCUUAUCCUCACCUUCUAUCAGUGGGAAUGGUCUUAUCCAUGUGGCUAUAUUGUUUGUGACUGUGGCACAAUUUCCUUUACAGUCCAUGAAACUGGUCAUCUUGACUGGGCAUGGUAUUUGUAGUUGGAAUCUCUUUGUUUUGCUUAGGCCUACAGUUUAUAAGGUAGAAAAUAAAAUGUCAGAUGUCUCCAUGUUUUCCCAGAAGAUGGGGAGGGGAAAAUGCAAUCAUAUCACCUAAAUAAAAGAUGCGUCACAUGGUUACUGUUUUAAUUAUCAGAAGAAGAUUAGAUAGAUACCCUUACACAAAAAUGUUUUAGGACAUGAUGCCC